UGAACAGAUAAAUUUCAUGCCCCAAUGGUAUCUCAUUGAGUAGCGGUUUAGCUCAUCGGAAGUCGGAAGAGCCAGUCGGAACCAUUCCCCGUCGGAGAUAUGUCCAUUACAGGUAAUAUUAAAUCCACCAUCUUCCUUGUAGGAAGUAACAUACUUUUCAAGAAAUAAAAGAACAAUGGACUUUCUAAGAGUGAACUUUUCAGGUGAACUCUUCACGACAGUUACUGUGAGUGAAGAAGCUGAAGACACCAUGGUUGAGAAGGACAAUGUUCCAAAAGUAGGAAUGGAUUUUAAGAGUGCUAAGGAUGUGUGGAAAUUUUAUAGGAGUUAUGCUGCUGCAGUGGGGUUUCCUAUCAGGAAAAGAACUUCAAGGAAAGGUGAUAAUGGAUCAGUGAAAUAUGUUACCUAUGCGUGUAGUCGGGAAGGUGGUCGAUGUUAUGCCACAACAUGCUCGCUAAAUCCACAACCUACAAUUCAAACUGAUUGUAAGGCAAGGCUGAUUGCGAAAGAAGAUCUUUUAGGGACAUGGCAAAUCACUAAGGUGCAUCAUGAACACAACCAUACUACAAGUCCAUCAAAAUCUAGGUUGUAUCGAUGUAACCGGUAUUUAAAUCAACACGUGAAAAGAAAACUUGAGGUCAAUGACAUUGCAGGGAUUCCGUUACAUAAAAAUUUUAAUUCUACAGUAGUUGAAGUUGGCGACUACUCGAACAUGACUUUUACUGAAAAGGAUUGUCGUAACUAUGUAGAGAAAGUUAGACGAUUAAGACUCGGAGAAGGAGAUGCGGCAGCUAUACUGGCAUAAUUUGCAAAGAUGCAAACAAGUUGUCCUGGUUUCUUUUUCAUUGUGGACCUGGAUGAAGAUUUUAGGUUGAAGAAUGUCUUUUGGGCCGAUAACAGAUGUAGAGAAGCGUAUAAAGAAUUUGGUGAUGUAGUGACGUUUGACACUACAUAUUUAUUGUGAAGUUGAUUUCACUGAGAUGACGACUACGAGAAUGUUAUAUGAGGUGCGUGAGUACCUUAUGUUAGGGGAUACAAUGCACAGGAAAGUGUUUAAGGUAGUUCUUAAGAAAGAAAGUAAUGAUAUUGUCUGCAAUUGCCAUCUAUUUGAGUUUAGAGGGAUACUGUGUAGACAUGCCAUUACUGUUUUAAUACGGGAGGGUAACAUCAAUUCCAGAUAAGUAUAUUUUAAAGAGGUGGAGAAAAGAUGUAUUCAGACCCUAUACACGAUUGAAGAUUAACUAUAAUGGAUGGGUAUAUGUUCCAGGAUAUCUGCAAUAUGAAAAAUUGUGCCAUAAGUUUUCAGAAAUAGCCCACAUUGUGGCUGGUGAUCACUAGAAAGGGCCACAUUUGAGUGGCUUGAUUCUUAUCACAAGAGUUUGAUACCAUACUCAAUCUGCGAUACUCAAUCUGCGAUAGUAACCAAAGAAAUGCAAGGUGUGAAAACGUUAAUAACGUUCUUGGUGUCUUCAUCAAGGAUCCAAAAUGCAUAAGACGUAAGGGUGCCCCAAAGAAGCUGCGAAAAAAGAGUUCCUUAGAAUCUAGUUCAAAAAAAAGGAGGGGAGAGUGGAGAAGAUGAAAAGUUGUCCAGCUAAAGAUCAAGGCUCUGAUGCAAAGGGAGUGCCACUGUCCAGUUUGUUGCAGUAGUAUAUUGCAGUUUGUUUUUGAAGUGUGAGGCUGGAAUGUUGUUUCUUCAUCCUCCUAUGGAGAGAAUAUUAUUUUGUGUUGGCUUGUAAUUACUUUUCCUUUGCUUUAUGAAUUGUUUCAAGCUCAAUAUUGUGCGUUUUCGUAUUAGUGGCGCAAAUAUUUUUGCUGGAUUUCCCUUUUCAAUUAAAUGUAUUGAUAUUGAAUGUUUGAUUAUUUCCC